UUGUGCAUGAACAAAUUUUGGGGCCUAAUUUAAUGUAUUGUUGUGUUUUGUGUUUUAUUUCUCAGGUCUGGUCGGUAUGUCGUAAACACUUCCUCUGAUGGUGAGCACUUAUUAGAGUCACCGGGACAGUCACCCCAGCAGCCCACUAGCGUAAGUCACGACGGUGUCUUGUAGCCACUGUCAAUUCAUACACCUACCUUAAGGCUUAGGUUCACAAUGUGUUGCAUUGCCUCAUUGCGCUGUGCCGCAAAGAUAUUCUAUCCUCGCAACGCGGCUAAGUGGCCCAGUGCGACGGGGCAAUGCGACAUAAUUGUGAACCUAGCCUAAGUGUAUGGAUAGAAACUUUCUUUUAAGCUCAAACUCGUAUAAGCUUCUCUUUCUCUUCUCAGUUUCUCAUCUUUAGUAUACUCUGGUUGUUACAUCAUGUAAGAUACCAUUCGUCUUUCUUUUGUCAAAUCAUCUCUCUUCAUUCAACCCUUGUUUGUUUAAUACUCUCUCUCAUAUCUCUCUCUCAUAUCUCUCUCUCUCUCUCUCUCUCUCUCUCUCUCUCUCUCUCUCUCUCGUAUUUCUGUCUGUGUCCAGACAAGGAAUCCAAAGGGAGACCUCUCUUCCGACGCAGCCUCUCACUCCCCGGGGUCAGACCAGACAUCCAUUGCCCUCCAACGGACUAGGAACCCUUGCUGGCCAGUGCAAUGACCUCUCCGCAGAGACACAGACUCCGUCAGAGCCGCCCGCGGCCACCAGCAAUAGCUACGACCACGUCAACGAUACCCACGGUGGAACUGCUGCCACCAGUGGACGAGAUGGCUCUGACCUCUCUGACAAUUACGACUUUCUCUCAAGGCAGGGUCUCAUGCGUGAUUCCGAAUUAACAGAAGAACAAAGAGUGGAAAAGAAAAGAUUGGAGGCUUUGGAAGCUCUCAACCAAUAUGAUCAGGAAGUACAGGGCUCUAACAGAGUAGACAUAUCCUAAUAAUGACUCUGCCUCGAUUUCUGAUCUCCCUCUCUGUUUUUAUUCACACUAUUGUAUGACAUUGUUAAUAUCAGACGUUGUAAUGAUUUGGAUAUGUCUCUACCAAACAUAGAAUUUUCUUAUGUAGUCACUAUACAUUCACAAUUGUGUAUGGCACUCUAUACCACUUGUUGAAUACACAUUUUUACUGUGUAAAGUCUUAUCUUGGGCCUAUAUAGAUGGUCGAAUUUACAGCGCGCACACGUGCUUAGAUUCAUUUUAUGUGGAGAGGACAUAAUUAUGAUUGGGC